AUGAAUGACAACGACGCAACGAGCGGCGACGUGGGCACGUCGGCACCUGCGGCUCCUUCCAUGAACCUUCCAGAAAUGCGAGCUCUGGUGACACCCUCCUCAGGCGCCGAGGAGGCAGCAAUCGGAGGUUUCCGAGUCAAUCAACCAAACACCAUCAUCACGAUCCGAUUGAUGAAUCGAGGAAGAGUGUUAUACGAGUUAUCGCCAGGCCUGACGCAGUACAGCUACUACGUCGGUUUCGAUGGUCUUCAGAUGAGACCGGUUUUUGUUCGGCGCAGCAACAAGGGCGCAAUGAAAACCCAAGACAUGAGCGAUAAUUUCCGAAAGGGAAAUCUCAGAGUUGCUGGUUCCUGGAAGCAAGCAGAACUCAUCAUCCCGCCUUCUGAUAUGCUCCGCCCAGGACAGAUGUCGUUUCUCAAGGCGCGUUGCGCAGGUUUCCGCCUCACCGAUGAAAACGGAUUCGGCCUGAGAAAGCUGGAUCCUGCAGAAGCUAGAGAAGCACAAGACAUCCGGGAUAAGCAGAAAGAAAACUUCUUCAGAGGCCAUCCCUGCCCAGUCUACAUUCAAGCGCCCGAUAUUCCAAUCGAUUACGCCACCGUCGACGACAUGAAGCCCGAGAACUGGGCGUACUUCCGAAUGGUGUUGCCAAAGAUGGCGGGAAGGGUAGUCCCUGAGGCUCUCAUCGAAGAGCUGCGGUCCUUUUCUUCAAGAUACUCAAGCGACUUGGUACCACUCAAUCUUGCUAUUUCGAUGUGUCUUGUCUGGUGUCGAUAUUCUUUGGAGCCUCAUCAUGGCGCCGAGUUGGCGGCGGACGCGAACAACGACCGCAACAAACAGCUUGCAUGGGAGGUUCCUGUGCCACCGUUAGCAAGGUUUCUACUUUACUCGACCCAUUUCCUCCGUUUCCACGAGUUUUACGAGCUUUCUGCCUACGUACAUAUCUUCAGGUACGCUGUGGAGAUGUACAAUCGGGACAUGUGGCUCAGCCCGGCUUUCGACAUCGACCCGAGCCACAUCGACGAAUGUUUGGUCAAACAGCUUUACUCGACAAUGAGCCUCCAGGAGAACGACUGGAUGGAGAUCAUACCUCCUUCGUGGGAUGGUUCACGCAUGGCGAUGCCUGCCAAUCGUGGAUGUCGAGCCAUGCGUUCCCCCGAAACCACAGCUGCCCUUAUGCUUCCCGACAUUAACACAUUGGAUUUUCCUACCUACAGCAAUGCAGAAUCGUAUGGUUUGAACGGUCUAUCCAAUUACGAAGUUCCAACCUCCUCUGACAAGCAAGAGUCAGUCUGGGGCCGCCGAGACGUUCACAUCCACGUGGAUUACGUUGAAUCACAGAUAAUCGAAGAAUUUUCUAGUGCUUUUGUGUCUGGAGAGGUACCAUUCCUGGCGUCGGCCUGCCUGGAACCCCAAGACAAAGAAUGGGACACGGUGAAGUUGUGGACUGCACCCCAAACAAGAGUUCGAAGGCCGUGGCCACAGAUUCCUUUCGCGAAGAACCACGCAGUCAUAUCGAUGCAAAUUCUCGCCAGUAAUCGAACUAUCGAUCAGAGACAAGCCACUGCAGAGGGGUCUUUCCAUCGGCUUGAUCAUAAACCGCCUCAAAAGGCUAGCCAACAAGCCAUGACUCUUGGAAGCACAUUUGAACAGGCGACAUCUGAUGAGCCAUUCCCAUUUCGCAACGAACUAUCGGCGAAAGAUCUGCGUAUUCUCCGAAAACUACUCGAAGAUGAUUUGGCCGACGAUAAGCCCAUCUCGUCGCACUUCCGACUACUCAAACAACGAACUGAUCUUUGCGAUGCCGGCUUGACAAAACAAAAGAUUGUGGAGAGCAUCAAGAUCGCGGUUGUCGCUACAGAUCAGGCGGCGACGAAACUUCAGGACUUCGGCCUUGGCCAAAAGCUGGAGGAAGACGAAAUCGUUCAUUCACUCAUCGAGCCAAUUUGCAUUCUUCUGGGUAUCGUAUACACUGGAAGUGUCGUUCGGGCUGUGAUGGAAAUCCUCAGAGUCGACGAAUCUCUAGGAGACAAGAUUGGUAUUUUCUUACGAAUUUGCUCUACCUCUCCCUCGGGCAUGUUCAAAAUCAGGGAGGCCCUUGGAGAUUUGAUUUGCUCCGCGGGCCUAGUGCAUAUGUGGCGGUUUACGGGAAGCCGUGUGGACCGGGGCCUUCGGGGUUUCUUACGCGGCGAGUUAGAGAGCGAUGAUCCCUUCGCAGCGAAAGCAAGUGGCUAG